AUGAUCAUCAUCCUAGCAGUGACGAAGACGAGACACGAAGAAACUUGGAUUGGUAUUGCAUCGGUCAUCUGGGCUUUACUCAUGUCCUUGUGGACCACGGCUGCGGAUCGCACAGUUCAGUGGGGCAAGACUGAGGAGGAGGAGAGAUUAACCGGCCGCCCGGAGACUCGACGCACCCUCAUCGAGUGGACAGAGGUGUUGUUGUCGAACAUUGCCCUGCUGCUCCUCACGCUUAUUGGCAUCCUGAUGACCUGCACCCUUGUUCUUCGAGCCCUUGAUGCAAAGGUGUCACCUCCUGGCGAACUUUAUUGGGUGGACGGCGACAAGUAUCAGAUCCACUUGUACUGCUAUGGCAACGAGACGGAUGCGAAAGGGACGAAACUACCGACCGUGCUCUUUGAGGGCGGCGAAGACCCGGUAGAGAACGGUCUGUGGCAAUUUGCCGAUAAUGCCAUCAAAAACGGAUCUUUCAGCAGGUACUGCUUCGCAGAUCGGCCUGGCAUGGCUUGGAGUGAUACAGCCCCCUCGCCGCUAUCAGCUGGACAGGCUGCGGAAGCUUUGAGCGAGGCUCUUGCUCGUGCAGGAGAACAGGGUCCAUGGGUUCUUGCGAGUGCUGGAAUUGGCUCAAUAUAUUCCCGCAUAUUUUCCUCUCGACACGGACGAGAUGUCGAGGCAAUCUUGAUGAUCGAUCCCUUACACGAAGAUCUUCUCAAGCGUAUUGGAGCUCCCGGUCGCGGCUUCAUGCUAUGGCUCCGCGGCAUUCUCUCUCCGCUUGGCCUUGAUCGUGUCCCUGGUGCUCUUUUCAAGGGCCGUAGCAGAGUGGACCGUAUCUGGGGCAAGUCAGCCUAUCAGACGGGCAAGCAAAUUUUCGCGAAGCUUCAGGAGAAUCUGGUUGCAGAGUCUCUCACGAAACGUGAUGUAACAUCCAGCCGGGCAAUCCAAUAUCCGGACACUCCUAUUGCGAUCAUCAGCUCCGGAAUCGAAAUUCGACGGGAUAGUGAGUGGGAGAAGAAGCAGAGGGACCUCACACAUCUCACACAGAAUCUGCAUGAUUGGGAUAUAGUUGACAAGGCUCCUCAUCAGGUCUGGAAGACGCUGGACGGUCGUGAGGUGAUUGAGAAGAGACUGAAGCAGUUAGUGUAUGGAAAAUAG